AUGUCUCGAACAAACGUCACCUGCAGUGAAAAAGCGACCGAACAUGCCUUCUUUCUGAACUGGACACGAUCCCAUCUCAGAAGAACUACGCAGAAACUUCGACGCACUAUGAUAACCACAGCGGAUUGGCCUCCACCUCGAGUUAUCUUUAACUCCGAAAUGUCCAUUACGCAUAAUGGAAAUGGGGACAAAACAACGGCGUGGUUCCUGCCCUGCUGUUUCCAAAGCUGUCGAAACCAGUCGCCUGAAAUUGAGGACACCAGGAACAGUAGAAUCUCGCAGAUGCUCCUGGGGACGUAUAAGGGUGAAAACGAUGUGAAGUGCAAGAAUUUGAUGCUUAGAACGGGUCCGGAUGGUAGCUUGAUCUGUGCUGACCAUGUGGAUGUGAAUAUGUUGAUCGAGGGGUUUCGUGAAUUUGAGCGACGAUUUCAAUAUGGCACACUGAUGCCCUUUGCAAAUGUUCUUCCUAGCUUGAAUUCGGUUCGAAAUGCAAUGAGUCAGGAGGCUAUUCAAGAAGAGACAAAUGAGGAGGAUAGUGCUUCGUCUGACUUAAAGGAAGUGAGGAAGGAAAAGGAGCAGGAGGAAGAAGAAGUCUUUCAAGAGAUCCACCAAGAUGUGUUGAUGGGUCAGGAUAUUUGCGAGGAGUGA